CCCCGCCCCUGGUGUGAGCCCCGCCUGGCACCGUGCUCCCCGCUCUGACUCCCCUCCCUGGUCUGAGCCCCGCCUGGCACCGUGCUCCCCGCUCUGACCCCCCAGCCCCGCACGUGAGCCCCGCCUGGCGCCGUGCUCCCCGCUCUGACCCUACUCCCUGGUCUGAGCCCUGCCUGGCACCGUGCUCCCCGGUCUGACCCCCGCCCUGCACGUGAGCUCCACCUGGCACCCUGUCCUCCGCGUGAGCCCCACCUGAUGUCCCGCUCCCCCAGGUGAGCCCCACCUGGCACCUUGCCCCUCCCCGGGCCUCAGCUGACACCGUCCUUCCCAUGUGAGCCCCACCUGACGCCCCACCCCCUCCCCGUCUGUGCAUCUGCUCCACACCCCACCUGUCCACUGGACACCUGUCCCCAGGCGUGGGCUGGCCUUUGCCUUCUCUGAGUCCCCAGUGCCUGAAGAGGAGGCUGGGCAGCGCUUCCCCAACCUUAGCUUCCUGCUCGUGCUGUCCGAGUUCUCCUGCAAGAUCCCACCAGCCGAGCGACAAGCUGCACUCGCCCACUUCCAGGACUCCAUCCCUGAGGGCGUGCCUGUCUUUGGGGAGGGGGACAUGAACCCCAUGCUUGUCUACCGCAAGUCCCUGAUGAGGACAGACUACGUGGCCCAGGGGGAGGAGGAGCCUGCCGCCAACCCGUUUGACGCCAUAUGCAAAGACAGCAAGCGGCCCCAAGAGCUGCCCGUGGGGACGUGCUCCACCUGGACACCAGACACCCUGGCCAGCUCCAGCACAGGGGACAGAGAGACGAGGAACUCCUCCAAGGGCCAGAAGUCCAAGAGGGACGUCUUUGAUGUUGACUUCCUGUCGUCGGAGGACUCUGAGAACUCUUCCAAUGAAGACGUGGACGUGGAAGGCAUCUCCGUCCACGAGGUCGGUGCAGGCUGGGCCCCCGGGCGGUGGCCACGUGGGGGCGCUGGCCUGGGCCUGCCUUUCCUGCCAUGCCCCCUCAUCCCGGGGUGGUGCAGAGGCGGGACGUCCCAUCUGAUGGGGUCUCCUGGGUGA